AUGCGAUAUGGACAGCAGUUGUCUGUGUCCUUCCCUGGGAUUCCAAAGUACAAAGGAUUAUUGACCUGGCUGGGAAAAUACCGGUUACCUUUCUUCUGUAAAACCAACUUGUGUUUCCAUUACAUUCUUUGUCAAGAGCUCAUCAGUUUCAUUAAUUCCCCAGAAGGAGGUGAAGAGCUGGUGGAUUUCUGGAUCCUUGCUGAGAAGAUCCUGGGCAUAGAUGAGAUGGACUUGGAAUUGAGAGACCACUACCUAUCUCUCCUCCUUGUGCUGAAGGCCACCCAUCUUCAGGAGGGCUCACGGGUAGUGACCCUCUGCAACAUGAACAUCAAGUCUCUCUUGAACCUUUCCAUCUGGCAUCCCAACCAGUCAACCACCAGGCGGGAGAUCUUGAGCAACAUGCAGAAAGUGGCUCUGUUCAAACUCCAGAGCUAUUGGCUUCCCAACUUUCACAUCCAUGCCAAGACCAUCAUAGCUAAGGAGGAGACAUGCCAGCAUCUGAUGCAAGAGUAUGAGACUCGCCAGUGCAGUCUUUGCUGUUCCCAUUUAGGAGAGCUCCCUCUGAACAUGAGCAUCAAGAAGUCCUGCCACCCCCAGAGGCGGUACUCGAGCAGGAAGAUCAAGCAGAAGAUGUGGCAGUUGAUAGAUCAUGCCUCGUGGUCUCUAGAAUUGGAUACCAAGCCAGGCGACAAUUCCACGUCCUCCCAGGAGAUCUGUCCUCAGGAGAAAGUGGUUGUACACAUGCCUUCCCUGAAAAAGGCCUCUUCAAAGGAGGGAAUAACCAGUUCCCUGGAAAAGGACAGUCUCAGUGCCAGGAAGUCCAACAUGAAGAAGAAAGCCAAGAGCCAUCUCCACAUGGAGGGCCUCUUUGAGACAAAGAUCUCUACCCACCUGAGGACGGCCACCCCCAUCAUCCGUCACUCCCCCCAUUUGACAAUCAAGGGGGCCAUCAAGAAAAGACUCUCCUUGGGGUACACCCACUGGGCCUUGUGUGCUGAUGCCUUUGCAGGGAGUCCCUUCCGGGACCACCUGAAGAAGCUGAAUUUGAAAAUGGAGAUCCAACUCCUGGACCUCUGGCAGGACCUGCACCAUUUCCUCAAUGUCCUGAUGAAUAACAGGAAGACUGGGAAUGCCAUCUUUUGGCACAUACUGGGCAACCGGAUCUGUGAGCUCUACCUGAAUGAACAGAUUGGUCCACGCUUACCACUCAAAUCCCAAACCAUUGAAGGUCUGAAGGAGCUGCUGCCUUCUGGGAAUAUGAACCCCUGGAUACCCAAAGCCCAGGAGGAGAUCUGCCAGAUGCUCAGCUCCUGGUAUGAGGAAUUCCUGAAUGAAGAGGACUCCUCGUUUCUCACUUAUGCAACUCAGACCAGCGUCAACCACACGAGGAGGCAUAAGAAAGACGCUAUAAGCAAACAAGAGAACAUUCUUCUUUAUAAGAGAUUGGAGGAGUCCCUGGCAUUAAGCCAGGGUCUGGCUAACAUGGAGGAAAUGGAUUCUGUGCAGUGGAGAAAACUAGCGACUGAGGACCUGAGACAUGACGGGUCUCUCCGGGUGGAGCUGAAGUCUCCAGUGUUUCUGACAGAUAUAGAGAAAAUGUCCUUUGAGGAACUCUGCUACAAGUAUCCGAAGGUGGCCAUAGAGAAGAUAAGUGAGGACUACAAAAUAUAUUGUAAAAAAGCACCUACUAGUAAGAUGGAUUACCAGUAUAAAGUCUAUCGUCAGAUCAUUACCAGAGAAUCAAGGACACAUUCACCCCCACCUAAGGAAGCGUCCUUAAAAAAGAUUCCUGUUGUAAGGAAGCCUUCACACAGACCCAGAAACCUGGCAGAAGUCUUUCGAAAUGUACAGCACUUGGAGUACUUCACGGAGUUCCUCAAAGAACGGAAGGCUGAGGUCCCAUUGCAAUUCCUGAUGGCAUUACAGAAGAUCAGUAUUGAGACAGAUGAACAGGUCUCCAAGUCUCUUGUUGAAAAUGUAAUGGAGACUUAUUUCUCUGACAUAGUCCCUGCUGAAGAAAUGCUGCAGUGUGAUGACCCUAUCAUCAGAGAAGUCUCUCGGAAAGGUCGUCUCAGCACAAACUCAAUGUUAAUCCUCCAGAGCUGUGUCAUGAAAUCUCUGGAAGAAAAGUGGUUCAAAGAAUACCAAGAGCUGUUCCCAGAUUUUCCUCAGGAAGUGCAAGCUCAAAUACGAACUGUGUAUAGGAAGCCCUCGAAGACUUCAUCAAUGCAAAUACAGGAACCCCAGCUUGGACAAAUCGUUUCUCAAUUACGGCAACUCCAACCUUCACUUGCCAAUGGCCCCAGACAUGCCUGGUUGAAGCCAGAACCUUCUCAACAGCUGCUUAACCUGGGGAAGAAAAGAAUCUGGCCGAAAUUGGUCGGCUUUGUCAAGAGCUUUUGUAAGUACCGCAGAUGCAUGAACAAUGUCAACUUGCGCCAGGAAUUUGAAAAAUAUCUCCACCUGGAACUUAACAACAAGGAAAAUUACCCUGCAUCACCAAAUGUACCAGCACGCCCAUCCCCACAUCACUCAAAUGUCCGGAGUGCAGAGGAGAAUGGAGAUGUAAUCUUUAUGAAGCGCCGUAUAUUUGGCCACAGGGUUAUCACUGUCAACUUUGCCCUCAGUGAUUUAUAUUUCUUUUCUGAAAUGGAGAGAUUUAACGAUUUGGUGAGUUCAGCUCAUGUGCUUCAAGUCAGCUGGGCCUAUAACGAGAAUGACGUGAUCCUAAUGAAGUCCAAGAUUAACAUCAUCCUAAAGCUCUACCUGCAGUCCGAGGUCCCUCCGAGGCUGAGGGUGAACAUCACUGAGUCCCAGAGGGAUGCCAUCAUCUCUGCCAUUGCUGAGGGCCGCCUGGAUCGCAGCAUCUUCCACGGGGCCAUCGUGUCUCUCUUCCCCGUCAUUAUGUACUUCUGGAAAAGGUUUUGUUCCUGGAAGGUAACCCGCUCUUACUUCCAGAAGAAGGAGAGGAAGAGCAGGGACUCAAAAACCCCUUCUAAGUCUGUGGCCAAGUACUCUAUUUGGAGUGGAGGAGAACAUGCCAUCUUAAGAUUCUCCUUGCUCAGAGGUAUCGAGUGGUUGCGGCCUCAGCAGCGAGAUGCAAUAGCAAGUUCAGUCCAGAAUUCUUCAUCGACGAGCAACCUGACCCAGACAGGACAUACCGUCUCCUCCAUGCAGCUGUUUCCUGCCUUAGGAAAAAAACCAUCUGUCAUCAAAAAGGAGAAGAAAUAAUCCAGUCGGGCCCCCCAACAGAGGCGCAUCAUCUCUCAGAAGCUUCCUGACACUGACAGAACCUUUUCUGGUCAGAAAAGAAAUGCCCUGGCACCCUCUGCCCUGGAAGGAUCCGUGGGGUGACGUCAGUGGGUAAGAUGUGGGCAGAGAGCGUGAGCAGAAGCACCUCUGCCUCCUCUGAUCCUGGGGGGCCUGGCAGAGACGGUCUUUCCCCCACGGACGUGUGACGGAACACCCUACUCUUGGGGUCAGGAGACCGGGGUUUUAGUCUCGCUCUGCAGCCGCAUGACCUGGAGAAUCCCUGACUCCAGGUUGCUUAAGAAUCCUGAGACAAGUGUGUGGAGAUGGCAUGAAGCACCCCAGGAAGCAGGGUGCUGUUUUAUUAGACAGAUGGGGGUCUUCGAAUGCUAGGAUCUCCCAUUUGGACAGUGACUCCCGUCCACUGUCUCAGCAAAUCCUCAGGACCCUGUGGGUAACCGUGUCAGAAACCACUCAUUUUUAAACAGCUGGAGAAACCGGCCCACACAGGAGGUAAGUGACUUUCUCCCAACAUCACGAGGCAGUAACUGCAGAGUCUGGACUAGAGCACCCACUGCUGCUUCUCACUCCGUGCUCACCAUGGAUGCAACUUCCCAUGCACAAAAGGGAUCGUUCUUCCCUGGAGGUCUGUUCAUUUGCCAAUUGAUAGAUAAAGAGACUCUUUGGAUAAAUGUUG